UGACUCAUUCGCCCGCCGUGUCGGCGUGCGUCCGCUGCCCGAACCCCGCCGGCAUGGGGAGGGCGACAGCGGCUGCCGGCGGCUGCCGAGAUUCCUGCUGACGCCCCCGACCCUGCCUCCUCCCCCCUCGCUCGUCUCCCGAGGCGCCAGACGUCCCAACAGCCCCGAGUGAGAGCCCGGAGAGGCGACUGGACCUCCGAGUCCCCGCGCUCAGGACAGAAUUUUGACAACAGCUCAUUGGGCAGAGAAAGAUAACUACUGUCACACAGGGGAGCGAAUCUGAACGGUUUAAAUUCUUUCAUUCUCAUAACGACUCUCAGCUUAAAGGAGAAGAAAUUCAUAUUUAGCUUUGGAAAGUAGAAUAAAAGACCAAGCUAUGAUAGCGACUGGUGGAGUGAUAACUGGCCUGGCCGCCUUGAAAAGGCAAGACUCUGCCAGAUCACAGCAUCAUGUCAACCUCAGCCCGUCUCCUGCUGCUGAAGAGAAGAAACCCGUCAGGCGUCGGCCUCGGGCCGAUGUUGUGGUUGUUCGAGGCAAAAUUCGGCUUUAUUCCCCAUCUGGAUUUUUCCUCAUUUUAGGAGUGCUUAUCUCUAUUGUAGGAAUUGCAAUGGCAGUCCUUGGAUAUUGGCCCCAAAAAGAACAUUUUAUCGAUGCUGAGACAACACUGUCAACAAACGAAACCCAGGUCAUUCGGAACCAAGGCGGUGUGGUGGUUCGCUUCUUUGAGCAGCAUUUACAUUCUGAUAAAAUGAAAAUGCUUGGCCCUUUCACAAUGGGAAUUGGCAUUUUCAUAUUCAUUUGUGCUAAUGCCAUUCUUCAUGAGAACCGUGACAAAGAAACCAAAAUCAUACACAUGAGGGACAUCUAUUCCACAGUCAUUGACAUCCACACGCUAAGAAUCAAGGAGCAAAAGCAUAUGAAUGGCGUCUACACUGGUCUGAUGGGAGAAACAGAAGUAAAACAGAAUGGCAGCUCCUGUGCCUCCAGAAUGGCAGCAAAUACCAUUGCCUCUUUCUCGGGUUUUAGGAGUUUUCGGGUGGACAGCUCUGUUGAGGAGGAUGAGCUUGUGCUAAGUGAAAGUAAGACUUUUGGGCAUCUUAUGCCGCCUUUGCUCUCUGACAGCUCUGUCUCUGUUUUUGGCCUCUAUCCACCUCCUUCCAAGGAAACUGAAGAGAAGACCAGCGGCCCUAAGAAAUGUGAAACCAAGUCAAUUGUGUCAUCGUCCAUCAGUGCUUUUACGCUGCCUGUGAUCAAACUUAAUAACUGUGUUAUUGAUGAGCCCAGUAUAGAUAACAUCACCAAGGAUUCUGAGAACCUCAAAAGUAGGUCAAGGAAUUUGUCCAUGGAUUCCCUUGUGGUCCCCUUGCCCAAUGCCGGUGAGUCCUUCCAGCCAGUCAGCAUGGUGCUCCCCCGGAAUAAUUCCAUGGGGGAGUCACUGUCGAGUCAGUACAAGUCCUCUGUGGCUCUUGGACCUGGGGCUGGACAGCUCUUGUCUCCUGGGGCUGCCAGGAGACAGUUUGGGUCCAACACAUCUUUGCACUUGCUCUCGUCACAUUCCAAAUCCCUAGACUUAGACCGAGGUCACUCCACCCUAACUGUUCAGGCAGAGCAGCGGAAACAUCCAAGCUGGCCUCGGCUGGAUCGAAGCAAUAGCAAAGGAUAUGUGAAACUAGAGAACAAAGAGGACCCCAUGGAGCGGUUGCUUGUGCCCCAGGCUGCAAUCAAAAAAGACUUUACCAAUAAGGAGAAGCUUCUUAUGAUUUCAAGAUCUCACAAUAAUUUGAGUUUUGAACAUGAUGAGUUUUUGAGUAACAACCUAAAGCGGGGAACUUCUGAAACAAGGUUUUAAUGUUAAAAAAUAUAUCAUUUUACAAGGCUAUAUAUUUUAAAACUAUUUUCACCAGUGUUUCAUUGUUAAAGCAUUGGUUAUCAGCCUUUUUAAUCAAAUGGUUUGUAGUGUAUUAGACAUGGCUGCUUAAUUUUGUAAUGGAGAUAGCUGUAUGUUUGGGUUACUAAGAUUGCAGUACUCUAUAUUAUCACAUAUGAUUUUAUUUUUUCCAUUCCUUUGAAAGCAUGGUAUCUUUUGUUAAUAUGAGUACAAAAUACUUCCAUCUGAAUUAAAGCUCCCUUCCAUUACUUUUAAGUUCUCAUUGAUGGUUAUAUUCAUAGAAUGACAUGUCCAGUUUGGAAAAGGUAGGAUAUCAAAGUGUGGACUAGAAGUACCAAAUUCAGGCCCAAGCCUCAAUAUAUAUUUAUAAAUGAAUGUGAGUGCAAUUCUUAGGUGUGAGUUUUGUAAUAAUUGCUCUAUAUAGGAUUGGUGAGAUUAUUUAAAAGGAAAAAGAUCUAGCUAGCUUCUAUGCAAGCUAAAUAAUAUGAAUUGGCUUAGUUGUAUGUGAGCUAAUUGAUAUGAAUUGGUUAAGUUGAUAGUUACGUAGUAUUUUUUUCAACAUCAGUUCUACUUUAGUGAUAUUUUAUCAGGAAACCAUGUUUUUAAGAGCCAUGACAGAAUGGGAGAUAUUCUUAGGGGUAAAUAAUCAAAAUGCUAUCAGCUAUUACUUUAGAUAGUCAGAACUGAAAUUUCUUUGUGACUGAUUUGAAAAAUGAAUGGACCAAUUACUUAUUUAGAAAUGCUACCUUGAGAUAAUUAUAUACAUGAAGAAAAUGUUGACUAAUGAAUGAAAAUAUGUUACAUGUUGGUUAAUGCUAAGUAGUCUCAGUACCUUUUGCGAGCCAUCUCUAUUAUCAUCCAAUAUCCACUCGUUCUCUCAUCCUUAUUUGCCCCCAAUAUUUUUUAGAUUCUUUUAUGUGAAAAAUAAUCAGCUAACCUCGACAGUUCCUUUUACCUUCACAUAUCACUAGCUUGGUGGUUCAAGAAAAUUUAGUCCUUGAUACAUUACCUUGAAAUUUACCUUGACUGGAAAGCCUUAAAAUGACUCCAAAGCCUUGCUAAUGGUAUAAUACAUUUUUAGGAUUGUGAUUCUCACUUAUUGAAGAAAAUAAAUGUUAAAAUGGAUGUUUCCAUGAAAAAAUUGUCAUGUUUUCCAUUAAGGUAACAAUUUUAAGAAUUGUUUAAUGGAAUAUUCAGGAAACUUCACAGGUUUUUCCCAAUGCCUAAGCCUUUCUGAACAUCAGUAUUGUAGUUACUGUCAAAGAGAAGGAGGGUAUGUUUCUAUUGGGUUGUUGGAAAAGUCAUGACACAUUUUUGCAAUGAAAAACAGAAAAAUACGUCAUGACUUUUUCGACAACCCAGUAUUUAUAGGUCCCUACAAUUCCACCUUGUGUUGGCAUCAUGAGCUUCCCUGAAUUGAGGCACAGUGUUACUUGUUAGAACAUCAAGCCUGUGUAUUGUUAUAGAAUGGGCUCAAUAUUUUACUAUAAAGCAUUUAAUAAACUUCUGUUCUUAAUAAAAACUUGUG